AUGACCUCCCAUGGUGCUCUGUUUACGUGGUGCAAUAAACGUGCCAAUGAUUUGAUCCUCAAGAAGCAAGAUAGGGUGAUUGUAAAUACAGCUUGGGAACAUUUCUUCCCGCAAAGUUAUAAUGUUUUUGCUGCUGGGGGCUGCUCGGACCACCUGCGUUGUCGGCUCAUGGUUCAUGGUGAAGCUGGUCCUAUUGCAAAGUGUCGACCAUUCAAGUUUCUUAACUUGUUGACUGAAAUAGAGGAGUUUAUGCCACUGGUGGGUGACUAUUGGGAGGAAACGAAACCUAUGUCUACUUCCACACUGUUUUGUUUUUCAAAGAAGUUAAAAGGGCUGAAACCUAGGUUAAAAAGCCUGGCAAAGACGAGAAUGGGGAAUCUUAUCCGGAAUACAAAGGAGGCUUUUAACACUCUAUGUCAGAAGCAACACACCACCUUAUUUCAUCCAUUGUCACAUGCCAUGGAUGAAGAAAAAGAAGCUUAUAAGCGAUGGGAUUUCUUGGCAGGGUUGGAGGAGAGGUAUCUCAAGCAGAAGUCGAAGUUGCAUUGGUUUCAGGUGGGGGAUAGAAACAACAAAACUUUUCAUAAAGCUGCUAAAGCGAGGGAAGCAAGGAACAAUAUAAGAGAGGUUCAGUGUCUGGUCGUGUGGCAGUGGUAG